CGCUUCAUCUACCUUUGGCGCAUGCGCACUCCGUUACACACAGGAAGAACCAUCGCGUCCCCCCGAGGACAUUAAAUCUACUUAAAAAGAAUCUCUUCUGUAUGAAAAGAGACGUAUUCGGCUUGAGACGCCAACAUGCACGGAGCGGCCAACUCAUUAGCUCUUAGGAGCUCAUCUCCAGGAGUAAAGCUGUAUAAGCGAAACGAAGGAAGCGGUGCGUCGUACGGGGAGCUGCCAGUGGACGUCGUCAUGAGUUACAAGCCCAUUGCUCCUGCGCCGUCUGGCUCCAACCACACACCGCCUGGCUCCUCCGUGCCCUCGCCUUCCCUCCCGUCGUCGUCGAACUUCAGGCCAGCUUUCAGCGACUUUGGCCCACCUUCCAUGGGCUUUGUUCAGCCUGUCAAGGUCAGUCAAGGGUCGACUUACAGCGAACUUCUGUCAGUCAUAGAGGAAAUGAGUCGCGAGAUCCGACCCACAUAUGCUGGAAGCAAAAGUGCUAUGGAGAGACUAAAAAGAGGUAUCAUUCAUGCGCGUGCACUGGUCAGGGAGUGUCUGGCAGAGACAGAAAGGAGCGCCCGUACAUAACCUUUACCCCCCCCCCCUCCCUUUCCCAUCAUCUGGUUUUCCUUUUUUUUUUCUAAAUCCUUUCUGGUUGCUUUUUACAGUUGCAUUGUCCUUGUCAUGCCACCGGGCCCUUCUCUUUAAUAUUUUCCAAAGGUUUCAGGCGUAAUGUGGAGAUUUUGAGUCGAGCUGUGAAUAAUCAUAGUAAACCAUUUCCUAGUGGUCAACACAGUCAGAAA